GGUACUUAAGUACUUAUACAAAACAUUAAAUUCUUGUAAACAAGGUCUAUUUUCAAAAAUGAGGGUACUGCUUUUGGUCGCUUUGAUUAUAAGCGUUGGUAUUGCAGUUUGCGAUAAAUAUACCACCAAAUUUGAUAAUGUAGAUUUGGAUGAGAUUUUAAAAAGUGAGCGAUUAUUAAAAAAUUAUGUUGAUUGCGUAAUGGACAGAGGUAAAUGUACUCCAGAUGGAAUCGAACUCAAAAAAAAUUUACCGGAUGGCUUACAAACCGACUGCUCGAAAUGUAGUGAAAAACAAAAAGAUGGAGCCAUCAAAGUUAUUAAAUAUUUAGUAAAAAACAGACGACCGAUAUUUGAUGAAUUGUCUGAUAAAUUUGACAAGGAUAGAACCUACUUGAACAGACACAAAGAGGAAUUUGAAAAAGAAGGAAUCAAAGUAUAAAUACGUAACUUACAGCAUUAAAAUAUUUUGUUAUAUGUGUUAUACCUUUUUAAUAAGUUGUAGAUUGUAAGUCUUUAAAAAAACAAAUUAUAAUUAUUGGAAUAAAG